CUUUCUAAAUGGGGGGUUCGAGAAACAUUGCUCACAAGUAUAUAAAGGCUGAUGAAGGCCCACCGCUCGGCAGAUAACGUGAAAGCAGCGACGAGAAGCCAACAAGAGCACAGCUCGACUCAAACUCAAGUGGAGUAAAUCUCCAUACACCAGAAGACUUGAGAAGGCCAUUUUUAUCAGACCUUUUACACAGAAGAUAAUUAUCAGGAUGCCUGAGAAAUCCGCACAGCCCAUGAUGGAGGAGGACAUCGAGACUUUUGCCUUCCAGGCUGAGAUUGCUCAGCUGAUGUCUCUGAUCAUCAACACCUUCUACUCCAACAAAGAGAUCUUCCUCCGAGAGCUCAUCUCCAACUCUUCAGACGCUUUGGACAAGAUCAGAUAUGAGAGUUUGACAGACCCAAGCAAACUUGAUUCAUGCAAGGACCUUAAGAUUGAACUCAUCCCAAAUGAGAAAGUGCGUACACUCACAAUCAUUGAUACCGGCAUUGGUAUGACCAAAGCUGACCUCAUCAAUAACCUGGGCACCAUUGCCAAAUCCGGCACAAAGGCCUUCAUGGAGGCCCUGCAGGCUGGAGCGGACAUUUCCAUGAUUGGUCAGUUUGGAGUGGGUUUCUAUUCCGCCUAUCUGGUGGCCGAGAAAGUCACUGUCAUCACCAAACACAACGAUGAUGAGCAGUACAUUUGGGAGUCUGCAGCUGGUGGUUCUUUCACAGUAAAACCAGACAAUGGUGAACCUCUUGGACGUGGUACCAAAGUCAUUCUCUACCUCAAAGAGGACCAAUCUGAAUAUGCUGAGGAAAAGCGCAUCAAGGAAGUUGUUAAGAAGCACUCUCAGUUCAUCGGUUACCCCAUUACUCUCUUUGUUGAGAAACAGCGAGAGAAGGAGGUUGACCUUGAAGAAGGAGAAAAGGAAGAAGAGGUGGCCGCUGACGAUGACAAAGACAAACCAAAGAUAGAGGACCUGGGGGCUGAUGAAGAUGAAGAUUCCAAAGAUGGCAAGAACAAGAGGAAGAAGAAGGUCAAGGAAAAGUACAUUGAUGCUCAGGAGCUGAACAAGACCAAGCCCAUCUGGACCCGUAACCCUGAUGACAUCACCAACGAGGAGUAUGGCGAGUUCUACAAGAGUUUGAGCAACGACUGGGAGGACCACCUGGCUGUCAAGCACUUCUCAGUUGAGGGUCAGCUGGAGUUCCGCGCUUUGCUGUUUGUGCCCAGAAGAGCCUCCUUUGACCUUUUUGAGAACAAGAAGAAGAGAAACAACAUUAAGCUGUAUGUGCGCAGAGUCUUUAUCAUGGAUAACUGUGAGGAGCUUAUUCCAGAAUAUCUCAACUUCAUUAAGGGUGUUGUGGACUCUGAGGACUUGCCCCUGAACAUCUCCAGAGAGAUGCUACAACAAAGCAAGAUCCUUAAAGUGAUCCGCAAGAACCUGGUCAAGAAGUGCCUUGAGCUCUUCUCUGAACUCUCAGAGGAUAAGGAAAACUACAAGAAGUUGUACGAGCAGUUCUCCAAGAACAUCAAGCUGGGUAUCCAUGAGGACUCUCAGAACCGCAAAAGGCUCUCUGAGCUGCUUCGCUACUACACAUCUGCUUCUGGAGAUGAGAUGUUGUCUCUCAAGGAUUAUGUGUCCCGCAUGAAGGAAAACCAGAAGCAUAUCUACUAUAUCACUGGUGAGACCAAAGAUCAGGUGGCCAAUUCUGCCUUUGUGGAGCGUUUGCGCAAAGCUGGUCUGGAGGUGAUCUACAUGAUUGAACCCAUUGACGAGUACUGCGUUCAGCAGCUGAAAGAAUAUGAUGGUAAAAACCUGGUAUCGGUGACCAAAGAGGGUCUGGAGCUGCCCGAGGAUGAGGAGGAGAUGAAGAAGCAAGAGGAGCUAAAGACCAAAUAUGACAACUUGUGCAAGAUCAUGAAAGACAUUCUCGACAAAAAGAUUGAGAAGGUCACCGUCUCAAACCGUCUGGUCUCCUCACCUUGCUGUAUCGUUACAAGCACAUACGGCUGGACGGCCAACAUGGAGAGGAUCAUGAAGUCUCAGGCCCUGAGGGACAACUCCACCAUGGGCUACAUGACCGCUAAGAAACACCUCGAGAUCAACCCCCUCCAUCCAAUCGUUGAGACGCUCAGAGACAAGGCCGAGGUCGACAAGAACGACAAAGCCGUGAAGGACUUGGUGAUACUGCUCUUUGAAACUGCUCUACUUUCCUCUGGAUUCACCCUGGAAGACCCACAAACACAUGCUAACCGCAUAUACAGGAUGAUCAAACUUGGUCUCGGAAUUGAUGAUGAUGACUCUACUGUUGAGGACAUUGUUCAACCCUCAGACGAAGAAAUGCCAGUUCUGGAGGGCGAUGAUGACAGUUCUAGAAUGGAGGAAGUUGACUAAAAAGUUUGAGUGUAAAUAGCACUAAUUGUUAAUGUAUUAAAUUGUAUUUAUUGUUUUUUAAACAUCUUCACAUCACAAGGAAGUAGUUUAAGAUCGAAACUGAUUGCUAGUCAGUAAAUUACACCCAGUAUCUCCUGUUUUUCUUGUAUUACAUUUUAGUGUAGUAUGUCAGAAAAUUGAAUUUUCUGAUCUUUUCUAAGUUCAUCUUUUUUUUUGUAACCCAAGUGGAAGGUUUUUAAUAAAUGUUUAUUGA